AUGGACUACACAAUUAUCUUCACCUUACUCUCCAUUUUUACAUGUUUUUAUAUCUUUAUUGUCCUAACUGGCAAGUGGAAGUCGGACAACACUGUCCGUCUUCCGCCAGGCCCAUACCCCCUCCCGAUCAUCGGAAGCAUCUUUAAACUAGGAAAAAAACCACACCACUCGCUCCGCACCCUCUCUAUAACAUACGGUCCAUUAAUGUCACUCAAACUGGGUAACACUAGGAUGAUUGUUGUUUCGUCACAAGAAAUCGCGAAAGAGUUUUUUCUAAAACAUGACAUUUCUUUUUCAAGUAGGUCAAUCCCACAUGCUGCUGACACCGACAAUCGCAGUAAAAUCUCCAUGAUUUGGUUGCCGGUUGGUGAUCAAUGGCGUAGACUAAGACGAAUAUGUAAAGAAAACUUAUUUUCAGUACGCCAACUUGAUGCUAGCAAACACUUGCGCCAAGAAAAGGUUCAAGAACUUCUUGAUUAUGUUCAAGAAUGUCUUGAUAAUGGUAAAGCGGUAAACGUUGGUCAAACCGCGACAACGACAAUUCUUAACAUCCUUUCCAACUUCAUCUUUUCAAUAGAUAUAGCUGAAUAUGAUUCAGAAUCAUCUCAAGACUUUAAGGAACUUGUAUGGGGGCUAAUGGAAGUUGGUGGAACUCCUAAUAUCACUGAUUACUUUCACUUUCUUCGUCCAUUUGAUCCACAAGGUUUGCAAAAACGGGCUAUUCUUUAUGGCGUAAAGCUCAUGGCGAUAUUUGAACAACACGUUGGUCAACGGUUGAAAGCAAGGGCUGACUCGUGCUCACCUGAUUCAUCUUCAUCAAGCAAGGAUCUUACCGAUGUACUAUUGGACAUAAGCAAAAAAGAGAAAUCAUCAAUUAGCUUGGAUGACAUAAGAAACUUGCUCUUUGAUUUAUUUCUAGCUGGUACAGACACUACAUCAAGCACAUUGGAAUGGGCGAUGGCGGAAUUAAUCCACAAUCCUGAGAAAAUGUCAAAAGCCCGAUGCGAGCUUAAGGAAGUAAUAGGAAAAGAAAAUGGAAGUACAUAUAUUGAAGAAUCAGAUAUCCCAAGGCUCCCAUACUUACAAGCCAUUGUUAAAGAGACUCUCCGGUUGCAUCCACCAGUUACUUUUCUAGUCCCUCACAAGGCAAUAAACGAUGUUGAGGUCCAAGGCUAUGUGGUUCCAAAAGAUGCACAAAUCUUGUGCAAUUUAUGGGCUAUGGGUCAAGACCAAAAUGUAUGGAGAGACCCACAGAGGUUCGAGCCAGAGAGGUUUCUUAAUGUUGGAGUUGACUAUAAAGGUCAGGAUUUCGGGCUUAUUCCUUUUGGCGCGGGAAGAAGGAUGUGUCCAGGAUUGCCUCUUGCUGACAGAAUGUUGCACUUGUUGUUGGGGUCUUUAAUUUACAAGUUUGAUUGGAAGAUUGAAGGAGGAAUAAGGCCACAAGAUAUGGACAUGAGUGAUAAGUUUGGGUUUACCUUACACAAAAGUCUGCCUCUCAUGGCUAUCCCAGUCAAAGUUUGAUAUAUUUGUUGAUUCAACUAUACUGAGAACAAAAUAGAGUUAAUAGUUAGAAAAGAAUAAUCAGCCGUGGGAGAAACGCGUUUACUUGGAAUUUAUGAGAUAAAGAAGCAAAUAAAAAGAAAAAGUCAAGUGUUGUUAGAAAGAUUAGAUCCAUAUCAAGGUGGAGUCAAGAUAGUUGAUGUCACAUAGUAGUGACACAAUUGGAUGUCCUUGUCUAACAUUACGUUUAUUUUAAUGGUCAUAUACUCAUGUCUCCGUCAUUUUAUUUAUAUCGAUCUUGAAACUAUGGUUUGUUAAGUUAUAAA